ACUUACCCAACCACGUGACCAUGUCUUUAAUCCCUGUAAAAAACUUCUCUUCCUCUUUUUCAGGAUUAGUAUCGUCAUAUCUCAGGUAACAGACCCCAUCAUGGGCUGCGGCGUACCCAAAAUUGAUGUUAAUCGCCUUGGCGUGUCCAAUAUGGAGGAUCCCAUUGGGUUCAGGGGGGAACCGAGUCUGGACGCGCCCCCUUGUGGCUUUCAGAUGCUCUUUCAGUAAUUUCUCCGUGUUUUCAGUAAUGACAUAACCGUCAGUUUUGUAGUUUUCGCCCGGUUUGUAAAAAUUGAUUUUUUUCAUGACAUCUAAAAUUGUUAAUCCCGUGUCUUGGGGGGCUUUUUCAUCAAGCUUUGGUCUCGUCGGUGUUUUCUUCUUGUCGGUUUUGGGGGCUGGCGCUAGAUCUUCUUCGGUUUUGGGGCCCAAUAAAUCAAAAAUCUGGAGGUCGAUUUCGUUUUUGAUGGCUUUGCCAUCAGCCCAUGGGAGCUUCGCCCUGARUUUCUGCAUCAGSGGGCCCGCAUUGAACCGGUAGCGCUUCUCAAGCAGCUCGGUUUUGUGCCCCGAGAUGAGCCCCUCAACCACUGACUCGAUUUCCUCGGGGGUGACCACCACACCGACCCCACAAUACGACUCAAACUCCCGCAAAUCGAUGUCUUUGAGGUGGCUUAAAGCAUACUCGAUGGCUUUCUCCACCCGGAUUGUAUUAUCUAGUUUUUUUGUAACAAUGUAUUUGGUGAUGAGGGGUAAAUGGUGGCUGAUUUGGGGCUUGAUUUUCGUGGCCAAGUGGUAGAGGAGAGUGCCGGCACCCUCAGGGAGCACCACUUCGCGCACCUGGAAAACAAUUUGCAAAUAUAAGGGGGUCCAAGUGCACACUUACCUCGUGCAGAAUUGUGGUUAGGGUUUGAGUGAGGGGGACAUUUUUCAACGUUUCUUUCGCCUUUUGGUCACUCAAACCGAAAGUGGUAAUUAGGCGGGGCACCAAGUCCUCGUUUUGGACCAUAUUGAGCGAAAAUGAGGACGAUUCGUGUCUCCAAAUAACCACACUUUUGAGUGUGACAUAACCUCAAACCUUAAAUUUGACUAUUGACAUAACCUCACUUUUUCAUUUUUCUUUGAUUAUUUUAUAAUAAAAAAAUAGAGUUGAUUUAGUUUCAUUCGUGGUUGAUACAGACGGGUUGGGGACCCCACAAACAGGCCAGGUUCUAGUUUUAAGCUUGUUUUUCUUGACAAUUGACAUAACCUCAAUUUUUUUCAUUUUGGUUUAUUUUGUAAUAAAAAAUGGACUCUGAGUUACUUUCGUUUGUGAGUGAUUUAGGGGAGUUGAGCGGUUGCACAAACGGGCUAAAUGCGAGUAUUGACAAGACCUUCAAGUCUUGUUUCAAGACUCUUGAUAGUAAGCUUGCAGUUGAGUCAGUUUUGGACCAAUUGCACGAUGAAUUGAACACAGGUCAUUGGAGUGAAACCCCCUUGACGAUUCGCAGGGCCUUUAGUGCUGCUAGUUUUGUUAAAACAAUCAUUUUGCUUAAAAAUAGUGAAAUUACCGAUGAUUUAUUGAGACAGUGUUUGAAAACUGUGGAUUUGGGGCUCCUAUUGGGCGCCCCGUUGCAAAUCAAUUGUGAUUUAUUGACAAAAUGUGCAACUUUUCUCUCCAAGAAGUUGGUUAAUGAGAAAAAGUCAAUUAAAAUUGAAAAACGCAAACAUGAAGAGUUUUAUUUCAAGGAUUUAGACCAAAUCAAAGGUGUAAACAUUGAAACAGUAGUUUGUCCCUCACUGGAGACCUUCAAUAAGAUGUAUUUCGCCCCCCGAAAACCGGUCAAAUUGCAAGAUUGUGUGUCCCAUUGGCCCGCCCUGUCCAAAUGGGGCGACAUCACCUACUUGAUAUCAACAGCAGGGGACCGCACUGUCCCCAUCGAGAUCGGGUCCCACUACGCCGACGAAAAUUGGGGCCAAAAACUCAUGACUUUGGGCGAAUUCAUCACCAAUUAUUUCCACCAAUCGGAGGAUUUGGGUUAUUUAGCCCAACACAAUUUAUUCAACCAGAUUCCAGAAUUACGAAACGACAUUUACAUCCCGGAAUAUUGCUGUUUGGGGGAUGAAGACACCGAACCGGAAAUAAACGCCUGGUUGGGGCCCCCAAAAACCGUCUCGCCACUCCACCACGACCCCAAAAACAACUUCCUCGUCCAAGUGUUUGGUACCAAACAACUGGUUUUGUAUUCACCCCAAGACACGCCUUGUUUGUACCCCCACGAAAGUACUUUACUGUCCAAUACGGCCCAAGUGGACCCUUUCAAUCCCGAUUUGGACAAAUACCCCAAUUUUCGCAACGCCAAAGCUGUGAAAUGUGUUUUGGAAGCAGGAGAAAUGUUGUAUAUCCCACCGAAAUGGUGGCAUCACGUCACUGCAUUAGAGGAAAGCUUCUCUGUUAGUUUCUGGUGGGAUUAAUAAAAUUUGCAAUGAAAAAUGAUCACUUUAUUCUCUAAAAAUUAUAUACAUUAUAUACAUGACACUUUUCUUAAAUACUUGUGGCUCCUCAUAUCACAGAAACACCACCAAAGAAGGAGAAAUACAACUUAAUCACCUCUUUCAGAAAAUCAACCACAGACAAGAAACUUUAGAAGACUUUUUGGACCACCUUGUUGUGUAUGAAUUGGAAAACAUAAAGACAUUAGUGGCACAAAUUCUGUGGUUGCUAAAUUGAAGAUCAAUCACCCUUUUAACCACCGAAACAACAAAUUCAUAUAUUUUGAAGAGACGCCAUACUAGUUUUACAAUCGAUUUGACUCUUGCUAAGAUCCGUGAACGUCAAAUUGAACGGUUCAAGAAAUUUUAAAGUUUCCUCCAGCGCUGGGAAUGCCAAUUCUUGCUGGAUAAAGUUCACUGAUAUGUUUUGACGAUAGCUAAACAAAAAAAUACUGUUAAGAUAUGAACAAAUGAAUGAUGGAAUAACUGGACAAAAAAACAUUCAUUAAUGGUUUUUUCUCCAGUUUGGUGGCAGUUUACUUCGUUCUCACCUAAAAUAAUUUGCAAGUGACGUAAUUUUAAACACUGUGCUUUCACACACAUUUAAAGCAACUCAAUCAAGCCUUUGAAAGAACGAAACACACAAAGCGCAAAAUACCCCUUUCUAAUUACUAAAUUACGCAAUUUUUUCCACGUUGCUGCAGUGACAGCAUCUGCAAAGGGAGUUUCAACAUUUGAGAUAAACUAUUUUUUAUUGAAAUAAAUUUUUCACCCGCCACUGGAAUUAAUGUCACAAUGACACUGUUUCCAUAGUAACAAAUGUGUUUCUAUGGUAACCAGGUUCCUAGUCGACUCGUCAAGAUAAAAAAAGGGGCAAAAUUGAUAUUUUAGUUUGUCUCAAAAAUGAUUGAAACGCUUUGCGAAACACUGUGUGAUAGUCACUCUCAUACCUACCUUUUUAUAAUACACUUUAAAUAUAGUUUGCGCUCGCGUUCAAUAAACCAAUCGACCAAGAACCCCGCCAUUAAAGGCGCCCGAUGAUACAGCUGAAAGAACCUGUGAAAGUUUCCUAAAGACCAAGCUGAACGUAUUUUUAAUGCAAAAUCGAUGCAAUCAUCACUUUUUUCUUUCUUGGAAAGACUCUUCAUAAUCGUCAUAAUAUCUAUAAUCAAUGUAAUUAUUAAAAAAUAAACGAAAUUGUGGUGUUUUACCCAAAGUAUUCUUUGUAAAAAUAUAAUACAGUAU